AUGGUCUCUACCAAGCCAAUUUCGGAGCGGAGAAGGCAGCAGAAUCUGCGAGCGCAAAAGAAUUACAAUACAGGAGAGAAACAGAAACGACGCCUGGAGGUUCUCGAGGAACUCUUGUCCGCUGGGGCUGGACCCGUUGAUCCCGAUCAAGCCACAGGGUCGACUUGUGCAACAUCAGACACCUCACAGUCUCAGAGCACCCCGCAGCAGCCCACUCGAGGGACAACUGAUCAUGAACCGUCACCUCCCACUAACAUCGGCAUUGACGAUGCCGACGCUAUGAAAAUAUUGGCUGCCACGAUAGCACCCGAAAAAUUGGAGUGGGUGAAGACACGGAUGGACGAGUCCAACAUCACCAUUCAAGACAUCAUCAAAGCCGGACUGGAUGUGCUCCAGCAGCACGUACCAGGGACCACGGCCCAUGGGGUGCGCACGGAUAGGAUACUGGUACCAAAGAACGGCAUGCGUGCGUAUUCCCUGUCAGUCCCAGAUGUGUACGUCAAUCACCUCCACGUGAAGCUGUUUUCUACAGUGGCCGCUCUCCGUGCCAAUGCCGAGGCCCUGGACAUCAACUUUGACGACUUGAUCAUUGAUGACACCAUCUCUCCGUUCUACGCUGCAUCUGCGACUCCGGAUCUCACCGAGGCGGUUGUACGGACAAAGUUCCACCACUUGACGGCCGACUUGCAGCCAACUAUAUCGCAGGUCCGGCAUGCUCAUCACCCUUACAUCGACCUGAUUCCAUCCCGGACAUUCCGACAGCGUGUGAUACAAGCCAUCUCUGUUGAGCCACCAAUGAUUGACGAAGACGACUUGUGCAAGGACAUUGAGCACGAUGGCCUCAUCUGUUGGGGAUCCCAGGUGAGGUCACGCGAGGGCUCGCCCGUUGGAUCCGGAGCACCAUGGGAUAUUAAAAGCUGGGAGGCGCAGACAUGGUUUAUGAAGAAGUGGUGGUUUCUCAUCGGUGGAAAGGAUGGUGAGCUAUUCAAGCAGAGUCAGUGGUGGCAUGCGCUUCGUGGGGAUAAGCUAGGUGGAGAGUUCUUCUAA